GGAGUGAGAGGCGCAGUGGCGGUGGCGGCAACAAGUGCCGGAGACAAGCGGUGCCGGUGACUUCCCCGCCGCCGACACCACCGGGCCGCCCCUCGCGGAGCAACGUAUGGAGCGGGAGCGGCGGCAGUCGCCGGGCUGAGCCGCGCCGAGCGGCCGGGACGUGGAUGCGGCCGGGAUCUCCCGCCCCCGCCCCGCUGAGCAGGAGCGGCUCCCGGACAAGAUAUGAGAAAUGAGUGUUGGACGUCGAAGAAUAAAAUUGUUGGGUAUCCUGAUGAUGGUUAAUGUCUUCAUUUAUUUGAUCGUGGAAGUCUCCAGAAGUAGCAGCCAAGAAAAAAAUGGAAAGGGGGAAGUAAUAAUACCCAAAGAAAAGUUCUGGAAGAUCUCAGACCCCCCUGUGGCGUACUGGAACAGAGAACAAGAAAAGCUGAACAGGCAGUACAAUCCCAUCUUGAACGCGUUGGCCAACCACACGGGGGACGUAUACGGGUUUUCCAACAUAAGCCAUCUAAACUUUUGUGAACCUGACCUGAGGGUCAUGUCAGUGGUUUCAGGUUUCAGCAAUUUGCCAGACAGAUUUAAAGACUUUCUGCUGUAUUUGCGAUGUCGAAAUUAUUCACUACUUAUAGAUCAACCGGAUAAAUGUGCAAAGAAACCCUUCUUAAUACUGGCGAUAAAGUCCCUCAUCCCACAUUUUGCUAGAAGGCAAGCAAUUCGGGAAUCUUGGGGCAGAGGAACCAAUGUGGGGAACCAGACGGUGGUGAGAGUCUUCUUACUGGGUCAGACCCCGCCUGAGGACAACCACCCAGACCUGUCAGACAUGCUGAAAUUUGAGAGUGAGAAGCACCAAGACAUUCUUAUGUGGAACUACAGAGACACUUUCUUCAACUUGUCCCUGAAAGAAGUGCUCUUUCUCAGGUGGGUGAGCACUUCUUGCCCAAAUGCUGAGUUCGUUUUCAAGGGCGAUGACGAUGUUUUUGUGAACACCCAUCACAUCCUGAAUUACUUGAAUAGCUUACCCAAGAACAAAGCCAAAGAUUUGUUUAUAGGUGAUGUGAUCCACAAUGCUGGGCCCCAUCGGGAUAAGAAACUGAAGUACUACAUCCCAGAAAUUGUUUACACUGGCGUCUAUCCGCCUUAUGCGGGGGGAGGUGGGUUCCUCUACUCUGGCCACCUGGCCCUGAGGCUGUAUAACAUCACUGACCAGGUCCUUCUUUACCCCAUUGAUGAUGUUUAUACUGGAAUGUGCCUUCAGAAGCUCGGCCUCGUUCCGGAGAAACAUAAAGGCUUCAAGACAUUUGAUAUAGAGGAGAAAAACAAGAAUAACAUUUGUUCCUAUGUAGAUUUGAUGUUAGUACAUAGUAGAAAACCUCAAGAGAUGAUUGAUAUUUGGUCUCGGUUGCAAGAUGCUCAUUUAAAUUGCUGAAAUACAUACAAACUAAGUUCUGCAUAGAAAGACCUAUUUUGAAUAGUUCCCAUGUUGUGUUCUUUCACAUUAGCGGUAACUUCUAUGUUAAACCAUCAAAAUUGCCUUUAUUAGUAGUAUCCAUUUGAGGACCUCUAAACCCUCUAGUGUUGGUACCUUCUGAAGAGGGAAAGCAGAAGAUUAUAAUUUUUUUAUGGAGGAUGUGGUGGGAUGAUUGGUUCUGAUCCUUCCUGUGGCUAAUGGCCAUUAUUUUCUAAUUUGCCUCCCUUCUUAUCUGAAAUCAUAAGUUUCUGGAAUUUGACCAUUUUAGAUUAUUUAUGUUUUGCCCUCAUAUCAUCAUAUUCCUACUUUCCAUUAUAAUGAGUGAAUUAUCUGCAAUUUAUGUGUUUAUAAACUUACUGGCUACAAAGACUUUGUUUUAUACGAUCCAGUGGUUUUUGUUGAAUGGAAUACCAUUUAUUUUCAUGAAAUUUGGAUGAAUUUUUUCAAUUGUCUAGA